AUGUCAGAUUCUUCAAGCAACUUAAUCAGCAUAUAUAAUUUAAACAUAUCCCAACCAGCUAUUAGCCAAAUAAUUAAUGAACUUAACGAACGCAAUAAUAAUAUAUCUCUUGCACGGAUCCCGGGACACGUCGGCAUACCAGGCAACGAAAAAGCUGACUUAAAAGCUAAAGAUACUACAGGUACCUCCAUUUUUGAAAUAUGUCCUCACAUAUCAGAUCAUGACUUUCAAAAUUGUAUUAAAUUCAAUUAUAUUGAUGAAUGGCAAAGCCUUUGA